GGGAAGCGCUUCCUGCCCGUCACUUCCCCCACUGCCGCCGCCGCCGCUCCCGCCGGGCCGCCGGACUCGUGCCCCUGCCCAGGCCCCUGCUACCGCCGCCGCCAUGGCCAUGAGGCAGACCCCGCUCACCUGCUCCGGCCACACGCGGCCCGUGGUGGACCUGGCCUUCAGCGGCGUCACCCCCUACGGAUAUUUCCUCAUCAGCGCCUGCAAGGAUGGCAAGCCCAUGCUGCGCCAGGGGGACACAGGAGACUGGAUUGGCACAUUUCUGGGUCACAAAGGGGCUGUUUGGGGCGCCACCCUGAACACGGAUGCCACUAAAGCAGCUACAGCAGCGGCAGAUUUCACGGCCAAAGUGUGGGAUGCUGUGUCAGGCGAUGAACUAAUCACACUGGCUCACAAACACAUUGUCAAAAGUGUGGAUUUUACACAGGAUAGCAAUUAUCUGUUAACAGGUGGACAAGAUAAGCUCUUGCGUAUCUACGACUUGAGCAAGCCAGAAGCAGAACCUGAUGUUGUCAGUGGACAUACUUCUGGCAUUAAAAAGGCCUUGUGGAGCAGUGAUGACAAACAGAUUCUUUCAGCUGAUGAUAAAACUGUCCGCCUCUGGGACCGGAGUACCAUGACUGAGGUGAAGUCACUAAAUGUGGCAAUGUCAGUGAGCAGCAUGGAGUAUGUUCCAGAAGGACAGAUACUGGUGAUAACCUAUGGGAAGACUAUUGCUUUUCAUAGUGCAGAAACUCUAGAGCAGAUUAAAUCAUUUGAAGCACCUGCUACAAUCAAUUCUGCAUCUCUUCACCCUGCGAAAGAAUGUUUGGUUGCAGGUGGUGAAGAUUUUAAACUCUAUAAAUAUGACUAUAAUACAGGAGAAGAAUUAGAAUCUUACAAAGGGCACUUUGGUCCCAUUCACUGCGUGAGAUUUAGCCCCGACGGAGAGUUAUAUGCAAGUGGCUCUGAGGAUGGAACACUAAGGCUGUGGCAGACAACAGUAGGGAAAACCUAUGGCCUUUGGAAGUGUGUAGUUCCUGAAGAGGAGAAUGCAGAAGCAGCAAAAGCAAGGACUACCCUUCCAGGAACUGCAGAGGAGGAAAUAGUUGCAGAAGAGAUCGCCUCUGAAAACUCAGAUACAGUGUACAGCUCAACUCCUGAAGUGAAAGCCUGAUUACUGCAGCUGUUAUGUGACACGUGGACAUGCGAGACUAAAUCAAGUGAGCAGUGACAGACAGCAGCCUUCCAGAGUGCGCUCCCUCCCUGGGGCAAAGAUGGGCAGUAAUUGAUGAGAAUGCAGUGGAACUGGCUAGGUGUUGUCUGUAAGAGAACUCAGCAUCCAAAUAAAAACCCAAAAGACAAGUAGUAGAGUUCUGCUGGCUUUUUGGCAUAACUGCCUACUGUCUUUUCAAAGAAGUGUGCAAGCCAAGAUCCAGUCUCUCCAAUCUCAAUUAGACUCAUUGUAGUGUGUUUUCAUUAUUACAAAGAAGAGAUACAAUGGCUUUUACCUUUUUUUUUUUUUCUUGGAAGUUGGAAGAAUUGGCUCUAGUUGAAAAGAAGGGAUUAUGUACUUAAAAGUAUUUGGUUCGGGUUUCGUUUCAUUGUAUGCUGCUUCUGAAUGUUUAACUGUUUUCAGUUGUCUAAAUAAAAAGCCUCUCCAAACUCGUACGUUACUUUUGAGCGUUGGGUUCAUGAAAUGGAAAAGCAACUGCAUUAAUCACGUAAUCCUUGGCAUCUUGGGUUUGUACUAUACAGAGAAAAAGCAAAAGAAUGUUUUAGUGUUGGUACAGAGGGUGGCAAGUUCUUUGAUCUGUAAGCUUUGUAUCUUUUUUAUUCUUUCAAGUUUGAAUGUAAACAUGAGUCUCUAAAAAGAAAAACAGUGAGAAUUCCUAAAUUAAACCUGCUGCCUAAAGUAUUUGGUUGUACAUGAAAAUAUCAGAGGCUGGCUGCAAAUCUGUGUAAAGCUUGGGUUUAGUCCUCCAGACUGGAUAAAAAAGUUACUCUUUCAAGGUUACAAAUCAUAUUUUCUUCAUUAAAGAAAAUAAUUGCCAUUCUUCCACUUGUCAUUUCCUUUAAUGUUAUGCUGAAAGCUGUACAUAAUGCAUUCUGUGAGGUGUAUUUAUUCACAUACCUUUUUCUUUUCAUAUUCAUACCUGUCCUUACUGUCCUGUUUUUGCAGACUAUACGUAUUUGCAAUUACCUGUUUGAAUUUUAUUCUAAAAACAAACAGCUCUGAUUUAC